CCCCCAGAACAUUCCCGACUUGCUGAUCUGCUGAAAGCCUCGAGCGUACUGGCAGGCGACACCAGAAGCUCUUUUGCACAUCGCCACAGAGAGAAAGACAUCUCGAAGCAGAGGCUGCUUUUAUCUCCCGCGUCUGUCAGUCAGUCAGUAGGAUCAGGUACACUGCGCAGCGCCGCGUGGGACUCGAGCUGUACUUCACCAACAACCAGACAGCAGUUCCAGUCCAGAGUCUGGAGGCAGCAGACAUUAACACUGUGGAGCAGAGCGGAACGAGCUGAUCCUUCUCUCCCGGUCCCGACAUGGUCCUUACGGAACUGACCAGAGAGAGAGAGAGAUGAGAGAUGAUUAAAUAAUGUGGAUUAUAUAGUCACUCACUGGAUACAACAGCUGAACACGACGCGGUUGCAAAAGGAUUUAGACUUGAAGACUGAAGAGAUCGUUUCUCUGCCCGGGUGGAAGAGGCGCUCAGGCAGGCUGCUUGUUGGGAUUUGAUUUUAGAACUGUAUAAUAUCACAACUACAACACUUCUAGGCGGAUGUACAUAUAUAGAGUGUUUUUGGAGCAGUUUUGAGGAACAGUUUUGUUUAUUUUUAUGGUGCUAAUGAACUCUUAUAAAGGAUCGCUGUCAAAACGGAAUCACACAGAAAGAAUUACAAUCCUUGGGACAGUGAGAGGUAUAUCUGGGGUUGUUUCUAUGGUGACGGAGGCAGUGAUUCUGUUGGAUACCCAUGAUGCACCGGUACGAUGCCUGAGUCGGAGACAGGUCUAGUAGCUCAGCACAUCACUGUGGAGACCAGAGGAAUAGUUGCUAUGUGGUGUUCUCUCUGGCUUUCCCUCCUCCUAUACCCUCUCUCCGUCUCUACAGCCAGAUUACCCACAGUACUGCCAACAGACUCUGUGUUCCUGGAGGACUAUGUGGUCUCUACUGGGGACACCCUGGAUCUGUCCUGUAACCCCAACGGUCCCGCCCAAGCUGUCCUCUGGUUCAAGGAUGGCAGCGGCCUGUUGCCUAGCAACCGGACGCGAGUGGACCAGAGGGUUCUACGCAUCGUCAACGUGUCUUACGAGGACUCCGGCAUGUACUCCUGCCACGUCACUCACGACAACAACCUGCUCAGCAACUACACAAUCAGAGUGACAGAUUCCCUGUCUUCUGGAGAUGAUGAAGACCAUGAUGAAGACUGGGACGAUACAGAAGGCCCGUAUUGGACCAGACCGGACCGCAUGGAGAAGAAGCUCCUCGCUAUCCCAGCAGCCAAUACCGUCAAAUUCCGUUGCGCUGCCGCUGGAAACCCCACGCCCUCCAUCCAUUGGCUGAAGAAUGGGAAGGAGUUUAAGGGUGAACAGAGGAUGGGCGGGAUCAAGCUAAGGCACCAGCAGUGGAGUCUGGUGAUGGAGAGUGCUGUCCCUUCAGACCGUGGGAACUACACCUGUGUUGUACAGAACAAGUACGGCACCAUCACCCACAGCUACCAGCUAGACGUGCUAGAGCGCUCCCCUCACAGGCCCAUCACACCUCAGACUGCUUGGUCAAUACAGCACCAGCCUGACAUCCAGGCUGAAGACUUGAACGGCGGUAUGCUUCUAUCCAGAGUCCAGUCAGCAGGAGGACAGAGGUUGAUGUUAUACUGGCUGUGUUGUGGUUUACACCAGUGUAUUUUAACCCCUUCUAUCCAGAGUCUAGUGAGCAGGAGGACAGAGGUUGAUGUUAUACUGGCUGUGUUGAAUGUGACCGAAGCUGAUGCCGGGAAGUACUGGUGUCGAGCAUCUAACUUUGUAGGAAAGUCAGAAAACGCCUUCUGGCUCACGGUACACAGACCAAGUAAACCAGCGCUGCACGAUGGUGACAAGGAGGAUGACUAUGCUGACAUCCUGAUCUAUGUGACGGGCUGCGUGCUGUUCAUCCUGGCCGUCGUCAUCAUCAUCCUCUGUCGUAUGAGGAUGUCUACCCAGAAGACCCUGCCCUCCCCGCCCAUCCAGAAACUCUCCAAGUUCCCCUUAAAGAGACAGGUUUCCUUGGAGUCUAACUCUUCCAUGAACUCCAACACACCAUUGGUCAGGAUUGCACGUCUGUCAUCCAGCGAUGGACCAAUGCUGUCCAACGUCUUGGAGCUGGAGCUUCCGUCAGACCCCAAAUGGGAGUUCUCUAGGACCAGGCUAACGUUGGGUAAACCUCUGGGAGAGGGCUGCUUCGGUCAGGUGGUAAUGGCGGAGGCCAUCGGGAUCGACAAGGAGAAACCCAACAAGCCCCUCGACGUCGCUGUGAAGAUGCUCAAAGACGACGCCACAGAUAAGGACCUGUCAGACCUGGUCUCAGAGAUGGAGAUGAUGAAGAUGAUUGGAAAACACAAAAACAUCCUCAACCUGCUGGGAGCAUGUACACAGGAUGGUCCCCUGUACGUGUUGGUGGAGUCUUCCAAAGGGAACCUGAGGGAGUACCUGAGAGCCCGUCGGCCCCCGGGGACGGACUACUCCUUCGACACCUGUAAGAUCCCUGACGAGCAGCUCACCUUUAAAGACCUGGUGUCCUGUGCCUACCAGGUGGCGCGUGGCAUGGAGUACCUGGCCUCACAGAAGUGUAUCCAUAGAGAUCUGGCAGCCAGGAACGUCCUGGUAACCGAGGAGAACGUGAUGAAGAUUGCAGACUUCGGUCUGGCCAGAGAUGUGCACAACAUAGACAUUUUCUUGAUUGGUGGGGAGUGUGGGGGAGGUGUGGCAUAUCUGUUAUGGGGUCGUCUACCUGUGAAAUGGAUGGCUCCAGAGGCUCUGUUCGACCGCGUCUACACGCACCAGAGCGAUGUGUGGUCGUAUGGGGUGCUGCUCUGGGAGAUAUUUACCCUGGGAGGGUCCCCGUACCCCGGCAUCCCUGUAGAGGAGCUGUUCAAACUGCUGAAGGAGGGCCACCGCAUGGACAAACCUGCCAACUGCACACAUGAACUAUAUAUGAUCAUGAGGGAGUGCUGGCACGCUGUCCCAUCUCAGAGACCUACCUUCAGGCAGCUGGUGGAGGACCACGACAGGGUUCUGUCCAUGACCUCCACAGACGAGUACCUGGACCUGUCUGUUCCAUUUGAGCAGUACUCUCCAACCUGCCAAGACUCCAGCAGCACCUGUUCCUCAGGAGAUGACUCUGUGUUCUCCCACGACCCCCUCCCCACGACCCUCCCUGACCAACCCUGCCUCCCCAUGAACCCCUCCCUGACCAACCAUGCCUCCCGACGACCCCCUUCUCACGACCCCCUCCCUGACCAACCCUGCCUCCCCAAAAUGAGGGGGGAAUAACCUUGUCAAACUGCUGCAGAUUUACAUGGCAAUCAGGACAUAGGUGGGGCUGGAUGGGGAGAGGGGGGGGGCUCCCCCGAGACACCUCUCAGCGUCAUACUUUGAGCCUCCUCCAGAUAUGAGGAAGAGAACAGCCCAUGCAAUACAUCCUCAAACGGACACAUUUUUUAAGAAUCUUUGCAUUGAAGGUUGGACAAUUUUUUGCCGCCAAAAACUGAAAAUGUAUAUUUUUUUAUACUUGGCCAGUCUUUAGUUAUUGACAAUCCGAAAGGUCAAACCAUUCAGUGCCUACUGGAACCUAACUCUAACCCACAGGACUGGGAGGAGAUUGACACAAGGACAUGAACACCAUUAACCAGGGAGGCAGGGCAUCUAUAACGCCAUUGGCCAGGGAGGCAGGGCAUCUAUAACGCCAUUGGCCAGGGAGGCAGGGCAUCUAUAACGCCAUUGGCCAGGGAGGCAGGGCAUCUAUAACGCCAUUGGCCAGGGAGGCAGGGCAUCUAUAACGCCAUUGGCCAUGGAGGCAGGGCAUCUAUAACGCCAUUGGCCAGGGAGGCUGGGUAUCUAUAACGCCAUUGGCCAGGGAGGCAGGGCAUCUAUAACGCCAUUGGCCAGGGAGGCAUGGCAUCUAUAACGCCAUUGGCCAGGGAGGCAGGGUAUCUAUAACGCCAUUGGCCUCGAAAGCAGGGAAUCUUUAACGCCAUUGGCCAGGGAGGCAGGGUAUCUAUAACGCCAUUGGCCUCGAAAGCAGGGAAUCUUUAACACCAUUGGCCAGGGAGGCAGGGUAUCUGUAACGCCAUUGGCCAGGUAGGCAGGGUAUCUAUAACGCCAUUGGCCUCGAAAGCAGGGAAUCUUUAACUCCAUUGGCCAGGGAGGCAGGGUAUCUGUAACGCCAUUGGCCAGGGAGGCAGGGUAUCUAUAACGCCAUUGGCCAGGGAGGCUGGGUAUCUAUAACACCAUUGGCCAGGGUGGCUGGGUAUCUAUAACACCAUUGGCCAGGGAGGCUGGGUCUCUUUACCUCUCCUCAGUGGAGUACACGGGAACUAGUUUUUGCAAAUGUGCAGCAUACCAGCAGAGCCAGAAUCAACAAAAUGAUGUGACUAGUUCUUCCAAUAACAGUUAGUGCUUUACUCCAAGAUCCCUCACCUCUGUUGAAUCAUCUCCACCAUCAUGCAAUAGAAUGGGACUACAAUACAACAAUCUGAACCAGGACUGUAACAGAAGUCUCUGCUGUUUGAAACUCUGAUGGGAACCAAGCUGCAGUCAGACCCUUCAACAGGAGGGAAAUAUAGAACCAGUCUCUCUGAUGGGAACCAAGCAGUAGUCAGGCCCUUCAACAGGAGGGAAAUAUAGAACCAGUCUCUCUGAUGGGAACCAAGCUGCAGUCAGACCCUUCAACAGGAGGGAAAUAUAGAACCAAUCUCUCUGAUGGGAACCAAUCUGUAGUCAGACCCUUCAACAGGAGGGAAAUAUAGAACCAGUCUCUCUGAUGGGAACCAAGCUGCAGUCAGACCCUUCAACAGGAGGGAAAUAUAGAACCAGUCUCUCUGAUGGGAACCAAGCUGCAGUCAGACCCUUCAACAGGAGGGAAAUAUAGAACCAGUCUCUCUGAUGGGAACCAAGCUGCAGUCAGACCCUUCAACAGGAGGGAAAUAUAGAACCAAUCUCUCUGAUGGGAACCAAGCUGUAGUCAGACCCUUCAACAGGAAGGAAAUAUAGAACCAGUCUCUCUGAUGGGAACCAAGCUGCAGUCAGACCCUUCAACAGGAGGGAAAUAUAGAACCAGUCUCUCUGAUGGGAACCAAGCUGCAGUCAGACCCUUCAACAGGAGGGAAAUAUAGAACCAAUCUCUCUGAUGGGAACCAAGCUGUAGUCAGACCCUUCAACAGGAGGGAAAUAUAGAACCAGUCUCUCUGAUGGGAACCAAGCUGCAGUCAGACCCUUCAACAGGAGGGAAAUAUAGAACCAGUCUCUCUGAUGGGAACCAAGCUGCAGUCAGACCCUUCAACAGGAGGGAAAUAUAGAACCAGUCUCUCUGAUGGGAACCAAGCUGCAGUCAGACCCUUCAACAGGAGGGAAAUAUAGAACCAGUCUCUCUGAUGGGAACCAAGCUGUAGUCAGACCCUUCAACAGGAAGGAAAUAUAGAACCAGUCUCUCUGAUGGGAACCAAGCUGUAGUCAGACCCUUCAACAGGAGGGAAAUAUAAUUGGGGGUGUUCUAUGUAUCUUUAAAACGUUUUAAUUGUAAAUAUAUAAAUGCAAAUAUGUAUCAUAUUGCUGUCAGCAGCCAUGUGCUUAAAAUGACAUUUUUUUUUCUUCUAAAAUAUUGUUUUAGAAUCAAAGCAUUCUAGAAUACACUGUCAUGAUCAUGUAAUAAUUUAAAGUGAUACAAAAGGUUUAUUUGAAUUAUUAACAUGUAUAUUUGUAAAGAUAUUUAUAGACUUAACAUGUAGUUCAUAAGUUAGAACAAUCUUGUUCAGGAUUUAGUACUGUAAGCAAAGAUGUUUUAUUUAUUUUUCUGUAACUUAUGUAAAGCAGAACAAUAUUAUUUUCACGACUGGCAGAUUUUAUUUCUCUUGUUUUUCAUCCAUCUUGUUUUGUUUACAGUAUAAAAAAAAGAAUGUAUGAAAGAUUUAAAGCAAUUUUAAUGAGCAGAGCAGGACAAGGAAACUGAGUUUGAUUAAAUGUAAAUCUAGGGAGUGAAACAUUA